AUGGUCGGAAAGAGCGGAAAGGAGAGGAGAGGAAAAGGACGUGGCCGGCCGGCUGCCGAUAUAAAGCAUAUAGCCGAAGGAAAGCUCACCCCGCACUACUUCUCGGGCGUACGUAGCGCGGCCACACACACACCAGCAGCUAUCGUCGUCGAACACUCGACUCAGAGCCAGCCAGCGGAGGAGAGCGCGCGCGCACGAGCUCUAGCUCGGACCUCCACCAACACUUCGCCGAUCGUUACGAUGGCGAGUCCGGCGUUCCUGCUGCUGCUCUUGCUGGCCGUGUCGAUCACGGGAUCAGACGCGGAGUGGUGCGUGUGCAGGUCGGACGCGAACGAGACGGCGCUGCAGGAGACGCUGGACUACGCGUGCGGGCAGGGCGCGGACUGCGCGCCGGUGGCCACGGGAGGGAGCUGCCACAGCCCCGACUCCGUGGUGGCGCACUGUUCCUACGCGGUCAACAGCUACUACCAGAGGAGCAGCCAGACCAAGGGCGCCACCUGCGACUUCGGCGGCACCGCCACCCUCUCCUCCGCCGAUCCCAGUACGUACCGUGCCUUCUACCUUCUACUCUCUUUUUCUGAGGGACUAGGACGAUCACCAUGCUGUUUAGUUCUAUCGGCCUCACCUCACCAUGCAUAUGUGUUUGUAACUGCUGCAGGCUCGGGAACCUGCAAGUACCCUGCAACCGCAAGUGCUGCAGGGACGAGCACCGGGAACGGCACGGCGACAGGCACAGGCACCGGCACCAACUCUUCUUCCCCGGGCUCAACAAACCCAGCUACCCCCGGCAUGGGAGGGAGCUUCACCACGCCGAUCGGCAGCGCGUCCGGCCCUACGGCGAGCAUCAUAGGCCCCGAGAGCAGCGGUUUAGGUGCCGCCGCGGCCGCCUUUGCUGGCGUCCGCGGCCUCCUCGGCGUAGCCGUGGCCUCCGUCCUCGCUUUCUAG